AUGGGGGCUCCUGAACUUACUUCUGGAGAAGCAUUAGUACCAGGUGCUUCCAUCAUAUCCACUCGGUCUCUUUCCCCGUCUGAAGCUUUAUCAAGUCACUCUUCGAUAAAGUCUGAAACUCUGGAUAUUCUUACUGAACCUACCACAAUCACAUAUAUCACCACUACCACCAAAACCUGGGAAGUUUAUACUAAUGAUGAGGAAAAUACUGCCUCUGGAGCUGGAAGAUCGAAAGUUCCUGAUGGGAAAGUGAUCAGCCACGAUGAAAAUGAGGGUGCAGUGACUUUCACCAGCAUUUCUACAGGCACUAUCGAAGUAAUAGUGACCACUGACUCAAACGGCCAGCCAUUCACGACUUCCCAAGAGAUUUCGAUUUCUGCGGAUACAGCCGGAGACUUAGGAUUUUCUACAGCAACUAGUUCAACCGCUUCACCUACAGUUUCUGCGCUUGAAGGUUCGGGGUCAACCAGAAAUUCCUCGUGGUUAUUAUUCUUCAGCGUUGUGGCAUUGUUGGCACUCUCCUAA